AUGACUGUAUUCCGUCGCAAUAUUCCGGCUCCGUCACAAAUGGGUCCGGUCUUAGGAAGAAGCUCGUAUAUUGACGAUAUCGCUCAUGGGGCGUCGACCUGGGACCAACUAUGUGAGGACCUGGACGCGUUGUUCUUACCGAAAAGUGAAUUCGGAAAGUUGACCAUCCCAUUCCUCUCUCAUGAAGUGAGUGCGGAUGGAAUCAGAGCCUUGCCGAAGAUUGUCAAAGGCAUAGAGGACUUACCUUUCCCGUCGACGUACAAGGGAGUGCAGUCCUUCUUAGGAAGUCUGAAUUAUUACAACAAGUUUACUGAAGACUUACCAGUAGUUGCCACUGUGCUCUACGAACUGGACGAAGAGCGCGUACGCUCUGGACGUACGCUGGACGGAACCUGGAAGCCGCAAAGGAGUCUUUCGAGAUACUGA